CUAGAAGUCUAUUUCCCUCCCUACUUAGAUGCAGUCCAUCCCGAGAGAACAGUCCUCUCUCCGUGAAUGCCUCCUAGUGGCCAUACAUCCCACAGCCCUCCUUAUAGCACCACUGCCUGAGCCAUCUAUUGAUCAUCAUAAUCCUAUCACACCUUAGCUGCCCUUCGCUAGGAACAGGCAGAAUCCCACCGAAGAUCACCUGAGCCUCGAUUUCCUUAAGCGUCUUCCCCAGCCUGGCAUAGUCUCCCUUGAUUCGUUCCAGCGAGAAUCUAGCCGUAUCAUUUGUUCCUACAUGAAGGAUGAUCAAUGGAUUCUUUCCUGCUCCCGUUAGGAUCCUCUUCAAACUCUGUUCAAUGUCCUGUAUCUUAGCACCUGGCAGACAGCACACCCUUCUGUUCUCUGGAUCAGCUCUGGUCACAGGCCUGUCUAUUCUUCUCAAUAAGGAGUCCCCAAUCACGUAGACCUGCCUUUUCCUGGUCACGCUGCCAUCAACAGGUUUGGUUCAUCUUCAAGGUGCCACUAGACUAUUCGUGGUUAAGUUUUACCUGUUACAGAUUAACUCAGCUACCCCUCUGUCCUUUUCCCCGUAAGUCUGGGGUCAGCACAAACCGAACCUUGCUCCCUGGGGGCCUUUCUUCCUUUUCCAUAUUCACCGCCCCCAUUCAGUGCACUAUGCCAAUUUCUGCUCCAGGGGGCAUGGUGAGUUCUUUCCCCAGGGUAGCUGCACUGUGUCCAUCCAGUCUGAAGUCCAGAGCUCUCUGGAGAGCAGGCGAACCUGGCUGGCCCUUGGAGAUCUUGCUUUGUGGGAGCAUGUGGCUGUACCUGGCUGCCCUACUGGGGCUGUACUUCCUGCGCCGAUGGUACCGGGAGCGGCAGACUGUGGAGAACCUACGAGAGAAACACGUCCUGAUCACCGGCUGUGACUCUGGCUUUGGAAACCAGCUGGCCAGGCAGCUGGACGCACGGGGCCUGCGGGUGCUGGCAGCUUGUCUCACCCCGCAGGGAGCAGAGAAGCUGAGGCAGGCGACCUCGGAGCGGCUGCAGACGGUGAUCCUGGACGUCACCCGCAGCGACAGCAUCGCCGCGGUGGCUGCCUGGGUGAAGGUGCAAGUGGGGGACAAAGGGCUGUGGGGUUUGGUGAACAAUGCAGGCGUCGUCCAUCCCGUGGCCCCCAACGAGUGGCUGACCAAGGACGACUUCGUCUCGGUGCUGAACGUGAACCUGCUCGGCCUCAUCGAGGUGACCCUCAGCCUCCUGCCCCUGGUGAAGCGAGCCAGGGGCCGGGUCAUCAACAUGGCCAGUAUCCUGGGCCGCCUGGCCUUCAACGGAGGGGGCUACUGCAUUUCUAAGUACGGCGUGGAGGCGUUCUCCGACAGCCUCAGGUACCCACGCGAGCCGGCGCGAACUGCAGCCCUUCGGCGUGAAGAUCGCGUCCAGCGCAUCCUGGAGUCCGUGGAGCAGAUCUGGCGCCACCUCCCUCCCGAGACCAAGGAGAGCUACGGGCAAAGCUACUUCGACAGCU